CACAACAUCAUCAUCUUGGGCAACUCGUACGCUGGCCUUGCUUGUGCGCAUCGAUUUUUGGACCACUGCAUCGACCGGCUCCGAAUUACACCAGGAUCUCCCAGCUACCGGCUGAUCAUUAUCGGACCAUCGACCCAUCUCUACUGGAACAUCAGCGCUCCGCGAGCCGUCGUCGCUCCUGGCCUGAUCAAGCACGAAGAUGCCUUUAUCAACAUCGAAGAGGGCUUCCAUCGUCACCGCGGCCAACUCUUCACCCACAUUCAAGGGACCUGCAAUGACCUCGACCCUGAACUCCGCACCAUCGAGAUCGACCUGCACGACUUCGAAGCCCAACGGAAAUGCUCUCUCCUCCUGCCGAAAUCCGAAGGCUUCGACCCCAAAACCCCUGCCUUCGACAUCCCUCGUAUCCAAACCCUGCCUUUCCACGCCAUCAUCCUCGCAACCGGCACGCGCACUCCCUCCGAUCUCUUCUCCCUCCACGGCCCUCACCACGAAACCAUCGCCUCCCUCACCUCAAUCCACGCCCAAAUCGCCUCCGCCAAAUCCAUCGUCAUCUCCGGAGGUGGCCCCACAGCCGUCGAAACAGCCGGCCAACUCGCCACCUACCUAAACCACGCCUCCCACUUCCCCUUCCGCCGCAAAAUCAAGUCCCCCAAAACCAUCACCCUCAUCAGCGGCGGCCAAACCCUCCUCCCCCGCAUGCCCGCCGCAACCAGCACAAAGGCCGAAAAACUCCUCCGCAAACUCGGCGUGGAAAUCAAACACAACGUCCAAGUCCUGCACACCCAAUCCUGGUUCGACCAAACCGGCGCCACGAAACUCUCCCUCUCCGAUCGCACAUCGCUCAUCACAGACUUGUACAUCCCCUGCACCGGGCUGAAACCGAACAGCGAGUACAUCGCCGACGGAUGGGACUUGAAAGACGACUCCGGGUACAUCCUCACCAACUCGACGGACCUACGAUGCGACAUGGCGGGCAGCAGGAUCUAUGCUCUCGGCGACGUGGCGUCGAACACGCAGAAUAAUCUGAUGGAUGUAUACACCGCGGUUCCCGUGUUGAUGCAUAAUUUGCUGGUGGAUUUGUUGGUGUUCGAAUUGGAAGCGGAUCGGCCGGAUGGAGGGCAUGAGGCGAGGAUUGAGAUGUUGAGGGAUGAGGAGUUUGUGCAGACACCGGAGGGGGAGAGGACGUUGAGUCCGAUUUCGAGGUGGGGUGGAGUGGGGACGUGGAGGGGGUGGAAGAUGCCGAGGGUUAUGGUGCAUUUGUUGAAGGGGAAGAGGUAUCGGUUGGGGAAGACCGGGAAGGUGGUG